AGGGUUUUUGUUCCCCUUUCCCCUCUCUCUCUCGCGGAAGUAGAAAUCUGAAGCAGUAGUAGACGACGAAGAAGAAGAGUUAAGCAGUGUGAAAUAGUUGUAAAUAGUAGCACUAAAGGAUGGCAUCAACUUCUGGUACCAAAGAAGUUCAUGAUGAACCUCCUCCUUCUUCUUCUGGUACUGCUGCUGUAAAGGAUUUGAUGGAACAUGUCUUUACUUGGAGUAUUGAUGAUAUACUCAACGAUGAUCUCUACAAAUACAAGGUGGAAAUGAUACCUAAGCGGUUUGAGUCGGUACAACAUUAUCUUGGUACUUAUACUAUACCGUUGCUGGAAGAAACUCGCAUGGAGAUAAGUUCACAAAUGGAGUUUAUGUCAGGUGUACCUCACGCUGAAGUAACAUCAGUAGAGGAGUCGAAGCUGCAUGAGGGGUCAUUCUUGUAUUGCAUCAAGGUUCAGAACUGGAGAAACCGGCAUGGUGGAUAUGGCAAAAAACCAUACAAUCCCAAACCUUCAGAUCUGUUUAUUUUGGGCAAUACUGUACCUGAAGUUGCUUCAGACUUGCAGCGGUUUGGAAGCAGUUGGUCUUUGGCUUCAGUUGUAGAAGAUGUGAAAGAGUCCGAUUCUAUUGGACACGAAGAUACACUCAUAUGCUUUCAGGUUAAGACCUCAAAGCCCUUAACGAUAGAGAUGAAAGGGGGCAGGAGGAAAUCACUUUUUGUGGUGUUUCUGGUAACUUGGCAACAAACACUAGAACAUGGAAGGCGCUACAUAUGUUUCGAAACUUGAAUGUUAUCAAGGAAGUUCUGUGUGCCAAUUCCAUGGUAAAGGAAAAUUGUUGUCUCUGUUCUGCACAAGUUGACAUGAUUUGGACCGGAAAAGUUGAUUCACAACUGUUACUGGAUCUUAAUGAAUCUCAAAGAGCAGCGGUAUUGGGUACUAUAUCUGCAGUGCAAUGUAAACACAGGUCUUCUGUGAAACUUGUUUGGGGUCCACCUGGGACAGGGAAAACCAAAACCAUCAGUAUAUUGCUGUAUAGCUUGCUAAGUACGAAUUGUAGAGCACUUGCUUGUGCCCCGGAAAACAUCGCAGUUGCUGAACUAGCACUACGCAUCUUAAACCUUCACAAUGAUGCGUGCAAAUCAAACUUGGAAAAGAACAAGUCAGGUUGUUCGUUAGGGGACUUUCUCUUGUUUGGGAAUGUGAAUGGAUUGGAGUUAUGUGAUGAUCUUGGAAUGAUUUAUGUGGAUCAUCGCGUGGAUAGUCUUGUGGAGUCUUUUUCUCCAUUAACUGGUUGGAAGAAACAUUUCAAUUCCAUGGUGGAUUUCCUUGAAGAUUGUGUAUCACAGUAUCAUUUGCUUUUGGAGAAUGAAAUAAUUACAGAGGUUCAAGUAAUGGAGAAAAUUGAAACUAAUUCUGAAGUCCACGUGUCAUUUCUCAAGUCUGCAAAAGACCGAUUCAGAGCUUUGGUGGUACCACUCAAAAGAAGCAUCAGAAUAUUAUGCACCCAUCUCCCUAAAAGACUUAUUUUGCUGGACAAUUUCGAAAAGAUGGUUACUCUCCGUGGUUUGCUUGAAUGUUUUGAAAUUUUGCUAUCCCAAAGUCAGGUGGCUGACAAGGAAUUAGAGGAACUCUUUGCACAACAAGAAAAUUAUUGCAGCCACAUUAGGCAAGAUGAGGAUUGAAACCGUACAGGCUCUAAGAUGUGUCAGUCGUUCUCUUGGUGGUCGCCUUCCAACUUCAACCAACAGAAGUUUCUUAACAGAGUUCUGUUUGAAAAAUUCAUCCCUCAUUUUUUCCACAGUGUCAAGUUCAUAUAAUCUGCAUGAUGUAGACCUGGGACCACUGGAUUUGGUGGUAAUUGAUGAAGCUGCUCGGUUGAAAGAGUGUGAAUAAGUGAUUCCCAUGCAGCUUAAAGCUAUACAACACGCUGUCCUAAUUGGCGAUGAGUGCCAUCCACAAGCUAGGGUCAAAAUUAAGGGAAGUAUAAGUAGUAUAGCAUCAAUUUUUCUCUUUGAAAUCAUGUUUUCGAUCUUAAUAUUUUUCAAUGUGUUGUAAUCUUAGGUGCCGUAUGAAGCUGGCUUAGGAAGAAGUCUAUUUGAAAGGUUGGGUUUCUUUGGGCAUUCGGAGGACCUUCUCAACAUGCAGUACAGAAUGCAUCCUGAAAUAAGCUCUUUCCCAAAUCGCAAAUUUUUUAAAGACCAGAUUAUAGAUGCUCCAAGUGUUCUUUGAAAAUUCUCAACAUAAUUAUCUACCUGGACCUGUGUUUGGUCCCUAUUCAUUCAUAAAUAUUUCUAAUGGGAGGGAGGAGGCAGAUGAAGCUGGGAAUGGUACAAAAAAUAUGGUUGAGGUUGCAGUUGUAGUGGCAAUAUUGCAAAACCUCUAUAAAGCAUGGGAAGGCUCAACACGUUGCUUAACGAUUGGUAUUAUAUCUCCGUACGCUGCCCAAAUUGCUGAAAUAGAGAAUAAAGUUGGUCAGAAAUAUGGGAAGCUAAAGGAUUUUAAAGUGAAAGUGAUUUCUGCUGAUGGAUUCGAUGGUGGCGAGGAAGAUGUGAUGAUAAUAUCUACUGUUGGGUCUCAUCACAGUUGUGGAUCAGAUGGAUUCCUGUCGAACCCGCUACGUGCUAAUGUUGCUCUCUCUUUUUUUUUUUGAAAAGAGGGGUUAAAAUUGAUAUAGCACGUUGCUCUCUCUUUUUUUAAAAGAGGGGUUAAAAUUAAUAACUGGAUGCCGAGGAGGCAUAAAUUACAGAGAAUUACAUGAAAAAAAAAUAAAGAUAAA